CGGCCACUCAGCCUGCCCACCUGCCACACACAUCCACACCCACACCCACACCCACCGACUCACCGACACACCGACACUGUCUGACCGAGCCACCAUCCCCAUGCGGACGCGACCGAGUCGACAAGCCCAAAAGUUCAACUUCAACUUCAAGAUCCAGCUGCAAACGGCACCACCUCACUUCGCAUCGCAUCGCAUCGCAACACAAUACAGCACAAAACCACGAGCUACAAUUCACCAAUUCCCCGAUUCACCUUUGCCGUAACCCCACGGCAAAGUACUUUGUUUGCCAAAAUUCGCCAGCGCAGCCUAUCACGACGUCCACUGCACUCCACUGCGAACCGAACAUACUUGCAAGUCCGUACCUUACCUAUCGAAGCUCCAGAGUCAACAAGACCGCGUCAACCCCGACAACCCCUACCCCAAAAAUACCACGCGCACUUUGCUUGCACCAGCCCGCAACUGCAGCAGCCUCUACGUUGGUCAGAAGAAGAGAAUUGGGGAGAUAGAAAAGGUGAUUACUUGGGUGCUAGGAUUGGAAGGAGCAUUGGCGCAGAUGCACCAGCUAUUGCACUACCCUCCAGCUGUACCCCACGCGACAUCUAUGAGAGCUUUUCCAAAGCUCAAGUCGAGAUCGUAGGUCUUCCGACAGCUUGUAGUUGCCGUAUCGUAUGUGCUUGGAGCUUGCGCAAGCUUCUACGAGGCUUUUUGAGCCUCCUACUUCUGUUUGCAAGCCCCGCUUGUCCUCGAUCUCGAGUUCAGCUUGCGCGCUCGCCCUUCCAUGCCCGAUCUUCAACUCCUAUUUUGGUCUUUCACUAAUUCGGGUUUUGUAACAGAUCGAGAAAGGCGAGAACCGCAUGAUCACAAGAAUUGCGAUAACCUGAAGGAGGAAACAAGAUGGGCAAGCUACUGAGUUUAGGGGCGAAGCUGAAGUACCCAGUCACUAUCAUCAAAGUACUUAAGAAGCCUGGCGAUAGCAUAAAGAAACUCGAACCGAUCCUCCAAUACAAGUGGAACUGGACCUUGAUGGUUGGCGAUCCUAGUGAUCCAAAAGGACAAUGGCCGGAGGAACAGACCGCCAUCGCAGAUUGGGAGAGUCCUGUAGAAGGAACUUUGAAGUCAUGGAAGGUCACGGAUGGUAUGGUUAUCGAGAAGGAUAUGCGUUUUGUUGAUGUCGAAGAGACGUGUCCGCAUUCCAUCCAAUUCCAGGGGCUGUGUGGCAUAUGCGGCAAGGAUAUGACAGAGAUGAACUGGACUAGCACCUCGGACGAUACGGAGCGAGCCAAGAUCAACAUGAUUCAUGACCAGACAUCGUUGACGGUUAGCCAAGAUGAGGCAUCGAAGGCUGAGAGCGAGUUACAGAAGAGGCUGCUGGCCCAUAAGAAGCUUUCCUUGGUGGUUGAUUUGGACCAAACUAUCAUCCACGCCUGUAUCGAGCCCACGGUCGGAGAGUGGCAGAGAGACAAGACAUCACCCAACUACGACGCCGUCAAGGAUGUCCGAUCGUUCCAAUUAAAUGAUGAUGGGCCUCGAGGUCUGGCUUCCGGAUGCUGGUACUAUAUCAAGAUGCGCCCCGGACUAAAGGAAUUCUUGGCCAAGAUCUCCGAGAUGUACGAAUUGCAUGUCUACACAAUGGGUACUCGAGCAUACGCUAUAAACAUCGCCAAGAUUGUCGACCCUGACAAGAAGCUCUUCGGAGACCGCAUCAUCAGCAGAGAUGAGAAUGGCAAUGUCACAGCAAAGAGUCUUGCUCGGCUCUUUCCCGUGGACACCAAGAUGGUUGUCAUCAUAGAUGAUCGAGCAGAUGUAUGGCCCAACAACCGACCAAACCUAAUCAAGGUUGUUCCAUACGACUUCUUCCUCGGUAUUGGAGACAUUAACUCAAGCUUCUUACCCAAGAGAGAGGAAUUGCCGCCACUGCCACCACCACUCAAGAAGAAAUCAUCCAAAUCGGAACUGAAGGAUGGCGAAACUAAGGAAACUGCUGAGGGAUCUGACGACAAGAAGCCAGAGUCUAAUGAGGUUAAGCCUGUGGAAUCGGCAGAGCGAGAAGCAGCUAAGCCUGAUGAUGGAUCGAAGAUCAGCGCCCUGGAAGAGCUGGUUCGCAUGGGUAGUGGGGACGACCAGGCACUUCGCCUCGAGCAAGCUGCAGAGCAAGAAAAGUUCUUGGAAAAGCAAUUGACAGAUCGGCCAUUGUUACAUAUGCAAGAAAAACUCGACAAGGAGGACAGCCAAGCUCCUGCUGAUGAAGCAGCCAACGGCGGUGCUACUCAAGAACCUCAACACAGACACAACCUGCUAGUCGAUAAUGAUAUGGAGCUCAAAUACCUGGAACAACAUCUCAGUCAAGUACACAAGGCAUUCUACGAUGAAUACGAGGGGCGCGUGAUCAAUGCUUCUGGAGGCCGGGUUGCACAACUGAAACCAGGACUUAACAAAAAGAUCCCCCUGAAUGGCGCUGACCGCAAGGUCGUGCCUGAUAUCGGAGAUGUCAUGCCACGAUUAAAGUGUGUUUCCCCCAUAUUAUCUCCCCGAAACUCUUUACUCACAACAGUUAGGACUAAGACAUUGGCCGGUUGUACGAUUGUAAUGUCCGGGCUGGUGCCACUGCAAGCAGAUAUAAUGAGGUAUUUAGAAUCUGAUAUAUCACAAUUUGAGCAUGAUGAAGCUAUAUGGGACUUGCAUGACCAAUGGGACAUAAGCUUACAGAUCCAUCGUAGAACUGAGAUCGGACUCCAAGCUGCCAGCUUCGGUGCAGAGAUUCAAUCGAAGUACGUACCUCUCACUAUAUCGAAGAAAUUUCUAGGCUAAAGUUUUACAGGGUUAACAGAAAAGUCACACAUCUGGUUGCCUCGACAAGUAGAACCCGCACUCACAAAGUUCGACAAGCCGCCAAAUACCCGAACAUCAAGAUCGUCAAUCAACAAUGGUUGUUAAAUUCGAUGAGCAAGUGGCAGAAGGAGGAUGAGACACCAUAUCUUGUUGCAAUUCACGAAGCCGACAGAGUGCGAGAUGACGGCUUCAACUCCG